CUAGUGCUGAUCUCUCGUGGCGGUGCGGUGGUUUACCGCCCUCGUGGGAGCCCGAGGCUCCAGAGUAGCCCCCUCCCCUUCCUGGGCUUCCCCGUGGCUACUUCCCGGUCGGCCCCGGGGCUUGAGCAGCGAUGGCGGGCUGCAUCCCUGAAGAGAAAACUUACCGGCGCUUCCUGGAGCUAUUCCUGGGUGAGUUUCGUGGACCCUGCGGCGGCGGCGAGCCGGAGCCGGAACCCGAACCCGAGCCCGAACCCGAACCCGAACCCGAGUCGGAGCCUGAGCCCGAACUGAUAGCGGCUGAGGCAGCCGAGGGUUCUUUGGUCGAAGAGCCUGGGGAGGAGGAGGCGGCCACGGUAGCCACGACGGAGGAGGAGGAGGAGGAGCAAGAGCAGGACCAAGACCCCGAGCCCGAGGAGGAGGCUGUGGAAGAGGAGGUGGAGGAGGAGGCGGCGGCAGCGGCGGAGGGCGAGGAGGACGAGGCUGAGGCAGCCCCGGGGCAGUCGGCCGUGCCGCCGCCGCCGCAGCCCCAGCUGCCGCCGCUGCCCCCGCUCCCGCGGCCGCUGUCGGAACGCAUCACCCUGGAGGAGGUGGAGGGCGAGAGCCUGGACCUGUGCCUGCAGCAGCUCUACAAAUAUAAUUGCCCUUCCUUUUUGGCUGCUGCUUUAGCCAGAGCCACAUCAGACGAAGUCCUGCAGAGUGAUCUUUCUGCACAUUACAUCCCAAAGGACACAGAUAGCACAGAAGGGACUGUGGAGAUUGAGACGGUGAAAUUGGCCCGUUCUGUCUUCAGCAAGCUCCACGAGAUCUGCUGCAGCUGGGUGAAGGACUUCCCUCUGCGCAGGAGACCCCAGCUUUACUAUGAGACAUCCAUCCACGCAAUCAAAAACAUGCGCCGGAAAAUGGAGGACAAACAUGUCUGCAUUCCUGACUUUAAUAUGCUCUUCAACCUGGAGGACCAGGAAGAACAAGCUUACUUUGCAGUGUUUGAUGGCCACGGAGGAGUGGAUGCUGCGAUUUAUGCCUCUGUCCACCUGCACGUUAAUUUGGUACGCCAGGAGAUGUUCCCCCAUGAUCCUGCUGAGGCCCUGUGCCGGGCCUUCCGGGUCACUGAUGAGCGGUUUGUGCAGAAAGCAGCCAGGGAGAGCUUAAGAUGUGGGACCACAGGAGUGGUGACUUUUAUCAGAGGCAACAUGCUACACGUGGCCUGGGUGGGCGACUCCCAGGUUAUGCUGGUGCGGAAGGGCCAAGCUGUGGAGCUGAUGAAGCCACACAAACCAGACAGAGAGGAUGAAAAGCAGCGAAUUGAAGCCCUUGGAGGUUGUGUAGUCUGGUUUGGUGCCUGGAGAGUGAAUGGAAGUCUAUCAGUCUCCAGAGCUAUUGGAGAUGCUGAACAUAAGCCAUACAUCUGUGGGGAUGCAGAUUCUGCCUCUACUGUGUUGGAUGGAACUGAAGACUACCUCAUUCUGGCCUGCGAUGGCUUCUAUGACACCGUGAACCCUGAUGAGGCAGUAAAAGUUGUAUCUGACCACCUGAAGGAGAAUAAUGGAGAUAGCAGCAUGGUUGCCCACAAAUUGGUGGCGUCAGCUCGUGAUGCUGGGUCAAGUGAUAACAUCACUGUCAUUGUGGUAUUCCUGAGGGACAUGAACAAAGCUGUAAAUGUUAGUGAGGAAUCAGAUUGGACAGAGAACUCUUUUCAAGGAGGGCAAGAAGAUGGUGGGGAUGAUAAGGAGAAUCAUGGAGAGUGCAAGCGGCCUUGGCCUCAGCACCAGUGCUCAGCACCAGCCGACCUAGGCUAUGAGGGGCGCGUGGAUUCGUUCACUGAUAGAACUAGCCUGAGCCCAGGGUCCCAAAUCAACGUGCUGGAAGCCCCAGGCUACCUAGAUCUCACACAAAUAGAAGCAAGCAAACCUCACAGUGCUCAGUUUUUGUCACCAGUUGAGAUGUUUGGUCCUGGUGCGAUAAUGGAGAAAAAGUCAGUUCAAUCAUCACUGCCUGAACGGAGUGGUCCUGGAGUGUGUCCUCCUUCCUUUAAUGUGGGUUCCACAGGGCAGCAGACACACGGGAUGGAGAGUCUGUCUCCGGUCUGUUCUAGGUCGGGACACGAACAGUUCAAGUUCCCGGGAAAGAGAGUUUCUAGAUUAUCUCAUUUACUCUAUCACUACUCAAAGAGGCGGCAUGGAUUCAGGUUUAAUCCAAAGUUUAGUUCAUUCCUCUCUGCGCAAGAGCCUUCCCACAAAGUAGGCACUAGCCUGUCCUCACUUAUUCGAAGUGGAAAGAGAAAUAGGAUGUUAAGAAGUUCUCUGCCAUGGAGGCAGAAUACUUGGAAAGAGUACAAUGAAAACCUGAGGAAGCUCAGAAAGAGUAAUGACAUUACACACCCAGGUCUUCCUGGGAGCUGUAAAAUAUAACACAUUCUUUAGAGUAGGCUAGCUAGCUCUCCCCCGGUAAAAACACCACUGUCAGAGUAGAAACAAGGUAGACAUUUCUGAAAUAUGUGUUCACUAUGAAACCAUGGAUGGUUCUGUUCUUAAAUGUAAAUAGAUACCUAGAAAACUCAGUAUUUUCAAUUUAAAUAAAAGUAUUGGCGGUUUCACUAGCGAAAUCACACAGCCGACCCGUGAUGUAUCUCUCCACAUCCACAUAUAGCCACCGCCCCCCGCCUCUCUCACCACUAGUGGAAGCUUGUGAAUGACUUCUUUUUGUCAGGAUGUAGUGUUGAAAUCUCAACACAGUUGAAAUCGGGUCUGAUGUGCCUAAUAUUAUCUUUGCAAAACUUAAUGCAGACUUAAGAUUUAGUUGGGGAAUGUUCCUCAAAAGACUCGAGGGGAACCCUUUGCCUCCCCCUUUUUUCAUAAGUAAAGACUAAAAGCCAUAUGGGUUUUAACUGGUAACAAUGAAAGUAAAACCUAGUAUAAAAAUGUCAUAUUCUCAGGCUUGUGAGGUGGCAUAUAGUAAAAGACUGAUUUUUUUUUUCCUGUAACAUAAAAGACAAUAUUUUUUUGACUUAUUUCCUAGGGCUGUAGCUAUUUGGGAGUUUCAUAAUCUGUUAUGGUGCUUUCGGCGGAAUUUUUAUUAUUUGUCAUUUUAGAAGACCUUUGCCAACUGGUUUUAACCAAUGAUGCUAACAUGUUCUUCACUGUACCUUCAUCUCAGGAAUAAAACUGGUUUAAUGGAGAUGAUGUCAGGUACAAAUAUACUAGAUAGAAUCAAAUGGCCAUUUAAAAAGAAAAUUGAAUAGCAUUCCUAUUUUUUCUGCCUUUAAUAAAAAGUCACAGACAGCAGAGGCAUAGGAGGGGGAACCCCAAAACCAAGAAUUGAUUAAAAGUUGUGUAUUCUUAUAUAUUUAAAAACUAUGUUUUAUUGAUUAUGCUGUUACAGCUGUCCCAAUUUUCUCCCUUUGCCCUACUCACCCAGCAGCCCCCAACUUUGUCCAUGUCCAUGGGUCACAUGCGUAAGUUCUUUGGCUGCUCCAUUUCCUAUACUGUACUUUAUACAUCCCCGUGGCUAUUCUGUGACUACUGUUUGUACUUCCUAAAACCCUCACCUUUUUACCCAGUCCUCCAAAUUGUCUUCCCAUCUGGCAACCAUCAAAAUGCUCUAUGUAUCCAUGAUUUUCUUUGUUCUUGUUUGCUUGGUUUGUUGACAGGUAUGUAUUUAUUGCCAUUUUAUUUGUUCAUAGUUUUGAUGUUUUUCUUAAAUAAGUCCCUUUAACAAUUUGUGUAAUAAUGGUUUGGUGAUGAUGAACUCUUUUAGUUUGUCUGGGAAGCUCUUCAUGGGCCCUUCAAUUCUAAAUGAAAGCUUUGCUGGGUAGAGCAGUCUUGGAUGUAGGUCCCUCCUUUUCAUGACACUGAAUAUUUCUUGCCAAUCACUUCUAGCUUCCAAAGUUUGAGAAAUCACCUGACAGUCUUAUGGGAACUCCUUUGUAGGUAAUUUCUUUAAUCUUGCUGCUUUUAAGAUUUUCUUUUGAUCUUUAACCUUCGGCAUUGUAAUUCUGAUGUGUCUUGGAGUGGGCCUCUGCAUUCCCCUUGUUUGGGACUCUGUGCUUCCUGGACUUGCUGUCUAUUUCCUUCACCAAAUUAGGGAAGUUUUCUUUCAUUAUUUUUUCAAAUAGAUUUCUAGGUUCUUGCUUUCUCUUCUUCUGGCACCACGAUGCGAAUGUUGGAACACUUAAAGUUGUCUCAGAGACUCCUUAAACUAUCCUUGUUUUUUGGGCUUCUUUACUUCUUGGUUAUUUUUUGCUCCCUUAUAUUCCAAAUCAUUAAUUCUCAGCUUUAUCCACUCUACUAUUGAUUCCCUGUAAUGUUAUUUAAAUUAGUGUGUCCUUCAUUUCUAAAUCUUUUUUAUGCUGUUGAGAUACUAAGUUCCUUGAGCAUCCUUAUAAUCAGUAUUCUGAAGUCUGUAUCUGAUACAUUGCUUAUUUCCCUUUUAUUUAGUUCUUUUUAUGGAGGUUUUUUUUUCCCCAUUUGGGCCAUGUUCCCAUAUCUCAUUUUGGCAGCCUCCCUGUGUUUGUUUCUAUGUAUCAGGGGGAACUGCUAUGUCUCUGUCUUGGUAGUUUGACCUAAUGUUGUAGGUGUCCUGUAGGGUCCAGUGGCACAGCCUCCCCUAUCACCCAAGCUGGGUACUCGAGGUGUGCCCUCUGUGUGGGCUGAGUACACCCUCCUCCUGUAGUUGAGCCUUGGUUGCUGUUGGCAGGUCAAUGGGAGGGACUUACCCAGGCCAGUCACCUGCAAGGAUUGGCUGUGCCUAGUGACCACCAACCUCCUCCCUCUGUGGAGGGUCUGCUGUGCAGGGGCAGGGUGGUGGUGCUCCAGUGUGGUCUGUAGCUGCCCACUGGGUGCACAGGCUUUGCGGUUCCCCAGUGGUGCAGGCCAAAGUCAGCCCCCAGUUAUGUUCUGCCCGGGGCCACCCACCAUUAACUAUAAAGCAAUCUGCAGAUGGCUGCUCUUUGUGCUGGGCUUGGAAGUUCCCAGGUAAAGCCAAGCUGUGAAACUUGACUGGCUGCUUGCUGCUAGUGUGGGGCCUAUGGCCACUUAGCAAGAGGUACAGGGACAGGGGCUCACUGAGGCUGGCUGUUGCUCUUGUGAAUGGAUUUAAAAGGAUGUGAAGGAUGAGCCAAGACCAGCCAUUCAUAUGGAAAAGCCACUGUUAACAGAACUGGGUGGGACAGAGCCUCAGGGAAGCACCAGGCAGGGCAAACAUUGUUAACCAGGUUGAUGGAGUCUCACAUAUUCCUGCCAACCAGCUUUGUGGUUCUGUGGGAUGAGGGUUCAGGAAAGGAACAAUGCUCUCUGCCCACUGUUCUCUCUGGAAACAGCAGUCCCCCAGAUCUCAUCCCGAGGCCAGACACUUUAGUUCCUCCCCACAUGCCACUGGUGCCUUUCAAGCUGCUUCCCUGGUGCUGAAGCCCAGAGGGAGUCUUAAGUCUGUGUGUGGGUUCUUUAAGAGGAACUGCUUAGGAAUCUAGCAGUUUCUUCCAUAGGCUCAAUCCCCACUGGUUUUUACAGCCAGAACUUAUGGGGACUUACCUUCCUGGCACUGGAACCGUGGGCUGGGGUACUGGUGUGGGGCUGGGACCCCUCACAGGAUAUCCCUCCCAAAUUUUUAUCCACCACACAUGGUUUAGGGACCAGCCCGUUCCAUGUCCGUACACCUCCUACCAGUCUGGAUGAAUGUGGUUUGUUUAAUUCCAUAGUUGUCAGACUUCCACUCAAUUUGAUUUCUGUUGGGUAUGAGUGAUGACUGUUCUAGUUUAGUUGUAAUUUUGGUUGUGAGGAGGCAAGCUGUGUUUAUCUACACCUCCAUCCUGACCAGAUUUCUCUAUUAUGUUUAAACUUCAGUCACCUUCAAAAUACUUCUUCAUUUGAUCAAUAACACCUAUCAAGACUUUUUCCACUGCUCAGAAAAGAUUCAGAACUUGUUGAUUUUGAUGCCUUUUAGUACUUCUGCUGGCAAAAUGUUUCCGUUUGAGGACCUUUUUAUCUGGGGAAAUGAACAGGUGCUAGGGGCAAACUGGGUGAAUAGGGAGGGUGGAGCACAACGGUUAGGCCAUUUUUGGUCAAAAACUGCUGAACACACAGCCCGGUGUGGCCAGGUGUGCUCAUGUCACCCAUCAUGAAAUAGGUAAGUGCACUGAGUCUUCGAAAAAAUUCACUGAAGCUGAAUGCAGCUUCUCACAAGGCCAGCUAGUGCAUGGAUACAGAUGGGUUCCUGGAACACUCACCUAGCGGGGGAAGCCCAUACUACAAGGGGCCCAUCCUCCAGAAGAUAAGUCUGGUUUUGUGCCCCCUUUUGCAAACCACUGUAAAGUAAGUGGCUUUGGAAAGUGAAAAGUAACUAGUUUCAACUUAUCUAAAACUGUUUCCCACAAGGGAAUGAAUUGGUGUGAAACAGGCUGAAAGCACUCGCUUAAAGUGGGCCCAGAGGCUGAGGCCAAGUCCAAGGGAGACUACAGCUGACUGAGACUGAGGUCUGCUUAGCUGGAAACAGACAUGCAACUUCAGCCCGCAGAGACAGGACAUGGGUUUUUCAUCUCUAUAUUUAUUUGUACUUGAUAUGUUAAAAUUAUUUCUGCCAUUUUUGCAGUUUCAAGUUAGAGGCAUAUCUUCAAUUAAAUACAGCAAAUAAACUAAUAGGUUCAUUUAGUGAAGCAGUCUCUGAUUCUGAGGUCCAUGAAUGUCUCCACGUGACAUUUUUUUUACCCUUCCUGGUCAACCACAGACCAGCCACGGCACUGGACGGGGUGCACCUGCUGCCUAACGUGUUUUCACAUAACAAUACAAAUACUUUGUCCCCAGAUCCCCAAAGUAGGACUAAAAUUCCUGGAUUUCAAAAACAGGACUGUAGCAUUCUUUGGGUAAAAGGUUUCACUUUACCAAUGACCAGAUCAUUAAUCUACAGAUUUUAUUUUUAAAAUUUGGAUCCAAGUAGAGAUUUUCAGUGUUUGUUUUCUCAAAGCCUGUGACACAGGCUGAGAAGGAGUGAACGUGGCCCCGACUGUAGGACAGAGUCGUUGCCCCAGCCCGAUGCUUCACCCACACGGACCGCGCUCACACCUUUCAUUUUCUCAAGUCCAGAUCUUGUUAAUAACCAUCAGGUGCAGUGUCAAUGUCAAAUAAAAUUAUCCAAUAAGGAAACAAGAAAACAGGGACAGAAUACUGGUAUAUUACAGUCCAAAGCAUUUAGCUAAGUUAAAAAAAUAUUUUAAAGAUUUUCCAGUUAUCUAUAGCUAAUGUUUUUUAUCAGAAUAAAAAAAGUGAAAGGAAAGAAGGUACAAAUGAUUUUUUUCUUCAGUUGGGAGAAAUGGUUGGAUGGAAUUGGGAUGAACACAGACCACAUCUUCAAGGGUCUGCAUCUUGUAGGUCUGACUAUGUAAGCAGUGUGAACUCCAUUCUCAUACCAGUAGCCCUCUAGAAAAUAAAGCAAAGUAGUACUAGUCUGACCAAGUUGUAACAUGACAUUGUAAAAAAUAGCCAAUUUUCAUUUGUCCACAACAUGCAUAUUUAAUAGGUACCAUUUGUAAGGUAAUUCCUUUAAAACUCUAGAAUACAUAUUAAAGUAGUGGUUAUUGGUCUGAUAUAUGCUGCUCUUGGUUCUAUAAACUAGAUAAAAGCAGUGCUUUGUGAAAUGCAGUGUUAUAUCUUAAUGCCACUGGUGAUAGAAAGUAGUUCCCUUCAAUUCAAGUCCUGUGCCCUUAUUUGCUGCUUGCUGAUGUAAGCAAUAAGUACCCUCUAAUGGUUUCUACACAUUUCUGUAACUUGUACUUAAUGAUGGUGUAUCUGGUGAUUGUAAAAAUAUUAGAUAGAUAUAAAAGUAUCUAUAUAAUAUAUAUUAACUGUUAAUGCUGAGGUAUAGUCUGUGAAUUAUGUGUUUUGUACUUUUACUCACUGUGUAAUUUAGUGGUGGUGAAAGUUCUACACUCAGUCUUUUAAAAGUGGCAGUAUCCCUUUUUGAAUUUAAAAUGAUCUGCAUCAACCUGUUUGCCUGCUAAAGUUUUGUUAGAAUAGGAAAUAGUAAAACAAAUACAAACAAGAAAGUAUAGUGUUGGUUAGGGAAACACAAUUUAAGUCACCAAGUAAAGUAAUCACAACUCCUCGUACACUCACUGGGAGUCUCAAAGGGAACCCGCCCUAACCUGCUCACUUCCCGGAGGGGUACUGUGAUACUGUGCAGGGAGACCUGAGGUUGAGCAGCAGUACUGCACCGAACGCCCCAUCCCCGUUAGGUCUGUACUGAAGAGGAUGGAGAAACACACGUGUGGGUAUCUUUUCUUUCCAGAGAAGUACCAUCCACUAUCCUGGAAUUAAUAAAAUUAAAAUUACUGUUGCAUUUCAUUUAAGAGGAUCCUUGAAAGUAAACCCCUUUUCCAGGGACAAUAUCAACAAUGUUAGUGUCAACACUGAGUUUGGUUCUGACCACAUUUAUAGUGGUACAAUGUCUGUGUGGUGGUACAGUGUCACAUUGCAUCUCCAUGACAACCACCCUCCAUUGUUGGAACACUGUGCCAGUAAGAAGUGCCAUUUCCAACAGGCAGAUGAAAAUGAUGCAGAAAGAUCGGUGUUUACAGAUAAAACUGCUGUGGUUCAAUACUUCCUUCCCCACCAAAGGCUGGUCAAGGCUCUGUAAGAAAGUGAUCUAAAACAUAAAACAGCAUUUUGAUGUUUAGGCAUAAUUUCGUCACUCAGUGGUCAUUCUGACUUAUGGCCAUAAAAGGUGAUAGACCCCACCUCUUCUCACCUGUGAGCAGCUUGGAUGGUUUUUUCAAAAUAAGAUAUCGCCAGUAUUAUAACACGACUGUUUUCCAGACAAAUGGUACUGUGUGCAAAAAUAACUGUUACUUCUUCUAGCAGCAUUUUAUCUCCUAUUUUGAGGAUUGUUUAUUGUACUAAUUAGGAAAUAUGACGUGAGAUAGGCUCUCCAGACUGACACAGCACUUGUUCUGGAAAAGGAACUACUCUGAUGAACUCUGAUGCGUUAGGUCACCCCAGAUACACUGCUGGUAACUUGCUACAGGUGCUCUUCGGUGAAGGACAGGCCGUGUUCUCUUGUUCAUGACCUUUCUCUGCAAAGCAUUCUCUACAGAGUGAAGCGAAUGAAGUCAAUCAUUCCUUGCCCAGUAAAUUUAUCAGUUUAUGAACCUGCUCUACAUCUCACUCUUGAGUUCAUGAAGAAUCCUUUGUAUUUUAUUAAAACUGUUCAUUCAGGUAAGAAGUAUGUUGAAAUUUUGCCACUAUCUUA